UAGCCUCACUCCACCCAGGAACAUGAAGGGCUUAUCAGGUGGUCGCGCACCGCACCAGAUUCCCACACUGCCCCCGUGUGGACUGGCAGAGUGCGAGCAUCUCCAUGACCUGCAUGGCAUGCACGUGUCUGAUCUGCGUCACUCCUACCUGCUCAGCCCCACGGAGACCUGCGCCAUGGACUACCAUCACCGUCUUUCCCCCCGCAGCUCCAUUCACUCCGACUGCAUGAUCAUGUCACCCGUGGCGCUAACUUCCACUGCCCCCGCCGACCACAUCUCAAGCAGCACCUUUCCCAGAAUGCACUACAGUUCGCAGUACUACGACACAGCUGCCCGGGAAGACUGUGCAGCCAUCACCACCUCAGCCACAUCCGCCGCCAUCGCUGCUGCAACAUCUGCCUCUCACCACGUCAGCAACAAGAGCAACCGCAUCCCUGCAAACCUGCUGGACCAGUUCGAAAAACAGCUUCCACUUCAUCGUGAUGGCUUCCACACACUCCAGUACCAACGCACAUCUCCCGCCACUGGUGGGGAGCAGCGUAGUGAGAGCCCCGGUCGCAUCCGACACCUGGUGCACUCCGUCCAGAAGCUCUUCACCAAGUCCCACUCACUGGAGGGAUCGUCCAAGAUGAAUGGCACCAAAGGUGACAGUGGAGGUGGGGGAAGCCAUCACCACCACCACGGCAAUCAUCACUCAUCCAAGCAUGGCAGCAAGCGCAGUAAAAGCAAAGAGCGCAGGCACCGGUCAGGGACAGGGGGCUGGUGGAGCUCGGAUGACAACCUAGACAGCGAUAGCACCUACCGCACGGCCAGCGCCUUGAGCCGCCACCAUUAUGAGCAUGUCGGCCACAGUUUCCCAGAAUCCAUGCACACUCACUUUGGAGACCACUCUCUCAAAACCUCCAAAAGCAACAAUGACGUCAAGUGUUCGGCCUGCGAGGGCUUGUCCAUGGCACCUGAGGGGAAGUUUAUGAAGAGGAGUUCCUGGUCAACGCUCACCGUAAGCCAGGCCAAAGAGGCCUACCGAAAGUCCUCCCUAAACCUAGAGAAGCCCAUGAUGCAUCAGGACCUUAAACCAUCAUUCCGGGCCUCACACUACCUACAGGUGCCUCAGGAUGAGUGGGGGGGUUAUCCAGGGAUUGAGAAGGACGAGGAGAUCCCUUGUCGCCGGAUGCGUAGCAGUAGUUACGUCAAAGCCAUGGGAGACGAUGAUAGUGGUGAGUCUGAUACCAGCCCCAAGACGUCGCCUCAGAAGACCGUGCGGUCCGAUGCCCUUGUCCUUAAAUCAGCCAUGCAGAGGCCACAUAUAGACACCCAAAGCUCUGGCUACCACUUGCAAACAACGAGAGAUAUGCGCCCUCACCCCAGCGUGUCUCUGGACCCAGCAACCACCUUCAACCCUCCACAGUUUCGCUCCAGAAACCAGAGCUACAUGCGUGCAGUCAGUACCUUCAGUCAGGCAAGCUGUGUCAGCCAGGUGAGUGAGACUGAGGUCAAUGGCCAGUUUGAGUCAGUUUGCGAGUCCGUUUUUAGCGAAGUAGAAUCCCAGGCCGUGGAGGCCUUGGACCUGCCCGGCUCUUUCCGCACUCGAAGCCACAGUUACCUGCGUGCAAUUCAGGCUGGGUAUUCCCAAGAUGAUGACUGCUUGCCUUCAAUGACAUCUUCUACUGUCACUUCAACUCUCAGAUCCACAACAGAAGGGUAUGAUGCAAUGGAGGGCACCUCGUUGCUAAAUGAGGAUAUGAUUGAGGACGAUGAUGGCGCCAGCUCCUCAGCUUAUCAGGAAAUCGAGCGGUUUGAAAGAGAAAACGCUGGUCGUAGCCAACACAGCACCAGUUCCACGGUCACGGCUAUCUCCAUUCCUCCUUCCUCCUCGCAUGCCUACCGGGUCCCAUGUCCGCCCCCGUCCCAGCCCCCACCAGAUCCUCCCGUCCCGCAGGCUAUUCAGGCUUUCAAGGAGUCUGCAAACAUGGUGGCUGCCUUCAACAUGCAGUGGAAGGAGGAGAUAUCGGCGAUGCGCUACGAGCUAGCGGAGCUGCGCAGGGAUGUCUGCGGAGAGCUCAAGACUUUCAACAGCAACUUCUUUAAUUUCACCCAGUGCUAUAACAUGUGGACCAUGUGCCGGGAAGCUGCCACUGGCACCAGUUCCAGCACCAGCACCAGCGAGAGGGUGUCUGUUGGCGUCCAGACUGGCGCUAAUGGUCUGGUGAGACAAAACACUGCAGACGCCUCAGUAAUGUGUCAGCCAGAACCGGCUGCCUUCAACAUUUUCGACCUGAUGGAGCCUCCACGCAUCGAGAUCACUGAGGGAACUCCUGAAGGAACCACGGCCACCAACAGCCCAACCAGUCCAGAUAGGCCCACCACCGGCCCACCACUGUCAAAGCGGUUGGGACGGUCCAAACUGGACACUGGCAAGAAGAAGAAGAACUGCAGUCGAGCAGACGGUCAAAGAAGUGCCAGCCUUGAACUCUGGUGCAGAAAGUACACUAGUGGACCAAUGUCCUACUUAUCUCUAUCCUUCUGAUCAUUCUUCUCACUGGAACAGACAUUAACUUAGUUUCAGAAUCAACACCAUACACCUGCAUCCAGAGAAGAGCUUGUCCCUUUUCUCUUUUCAGAAAGAUGAUAGCUUCUCCAA